AUGGCGGGCACCAACGGCGCAGAAAUCUCGCCCAUCGACGACCAACCUCAACCUUUCAAUGCCACGAAGCUCGAGCCGGCCAAAAAGCGCAGGAGAUCUCGCUCACCUUCCUCCUCAACCCCGAAACGCGUCGAUUCUCGUUCAGAUUCAAGAAGAAGAUCGACCUCAUCUUCCACAUCUUCAAGACGCCAAAGAUCAUCCUCCCCUCAACCUCGAAAGCAGAAACGUCCAGGCCAGCGAGCCCGAAUCACGGAUGCAGAGCGGGAGAAUAUUCGACAGAAGCAAAUACAACGUGAGAAAGAGCUAGAAGCCGCUGUUGCUGCUCAAGGCAUUCACCAUGCAGUUGUACAAUCUUACAAUGCCGUUCCAGAGAGAGGUCGAGAGUGGCGUAAAACGGGCAGUCGCAUCUCGGGGCUUCGAAGCUUCAACAAUUGGGUUAAGAGCACGAUUAUCCAGAAGUUCUCGCCAAAUGAGGAUUACACUCCUGGUGCUCAAGAACGAGGAGGUAUGGUAUUCGCUGAGGGACCUUCAGACGACAAGGGUCUACUGGUUUUAGACAUUGGGUGUGGAAAGGGUGGAGAUCUGGGAAAAUGGCAAAAAGCGCCGCAAAACGUAGAAUUGUACGUCGGCCUAGAUCCCGCAGAUGUCUCAAUCGACCAGGCCAGAGACCGAUACAGAGGGAUGUCGAGUCGAGGCGGUCGUGGAGGAAGAGGUGGUCGAGGCGGAUAUAACAACAGCAGACCUCCUCCUAGGUUGUUUCAAGCAGAAUUCUUUGUGCAAGAUUGCUUCGGUGACACGAUCGAGAGAAUUCCGCUAAUUAGGGAUGUUGGCUUUGAUGGAUCUGGAGGACCUUCAAGAAAUGACGGAAGAGGGUUUGACGUUGUUAGCAUGAUGUUCUGCAUGCACUAUGCUUUCGAAACUGAGGCCAAAGCACGACAAAUGCUGAAGAAUGUUGCAGGAUCAUUGAAGAAAGGAGGCAGAUUUAUUGGAUGUAUCCCGAAUUCAGACGUUCUCAGCGAAAAUGCCGAAAAGUUUAAUGCUCGCAUGGUAGCAAAGGUUGAGAAGAAAGAGAAAAACGGAGCUAUGGAGAGCAAGGAAGAUGAUGGCGAGAUAGAGGAAGGCGAGGCAGAGGAGACGGCUGAGUGGGGCAACGAUAUCUAUCGAGUUCGGUUUCCUGGAAAGACGCCAACUGACGGUAUUUUCCGACCUCCAUUUGGUUGGAAGUACAGUUUCUUUCUACACGAAGCUGUUGAGGAAGUCCCCGAAUACGUCGUGCCCUGGGAAGCUUUCCGUGCUAUUGCAGAAGAUUACAAUCUCGAAAUGCAAUAUCACAAGACCUUUGACGAAGUCUGGAAGACUGAGAAGGACGACCCAAUUCUUGGUCCCCUGGCCGAGCAAAUGGGCGUUCGUGAACGUGGAGGUGGCCGUUUCCUUGUGACUGGUGAGGAAAUGGAGGCUGCAAGCUUCUAUGUUGCAUUUUGCUUCUACAAGGUCUAA